AAAAUAAGAAAAGAGGAGGAGUGUGCUCGCGCGGCGCCCUGUGCGUUCCAUGGGGCCGCUUCGCGGCUUGGGGAGGAUGGGUUGCGUUGUGUCGGUGGGGUGUUUCGUUGGCGAAAACAGAGCCCAGCAAGGAGCUUGAAGAUGCGGGAGCAUUGGCACGGGUUUCAGCCACCGGGCUGCUUACCCACCCUGCUGGUGCGCAGAUGGCGGACCCGUUUCAGGGCAUUCGUUCAAGCAGUGCCAGAAGGAGCGCGGCCGCCGAGCCAGGCGCCACAACGGCGGCAGCUUCCACAAACUCUGGCUCUCGCAUUGCAAUGGACAAGGAUACGACGCCCGCAACAGGCAGGGGAGGGCUGGGCUUGCGCGACAGCCACUGCGCGAGCUUUGAAGUGUGGCGGAGGGCGCCGCUGGUGAAACUCUACAAGCUGCAUACCCCGAGGACAGGAAGCCCCUCCCUGCUACUGAUGUUGGGGAUUUCCCCGGGCCUUCUUCUCGGGAUUGG